ACUUGACUUGAAGCGGAAUAUUGGCUUAAAUCCGGUCCACGACCCAAGGACGCUUCUGUGUUUGAAAGGGAUUCCUGACAUGUCAAGUGAAACUGGUGCCCGCGAGGGCCGAGACAAACUACAGCCAUACAGGUAUCCACGGGUGGAGACGACACCUCGAAUGAAGAGAGCAUAAAGUUGACUCUCAGACAUAUGGAAGAGCUGCAAUUGAGGGGAGUUUUGUGUCUCAAGCGUCCAGUUGACAGUGAUGAUACAGAGGCACGUGAAUGCGAGAGAUAUCGUUGGAGCGGUUGGCAAUUCUACGAUCUUCAUAUAUUAGGCCACUCCCCGUCGACGUCAUCAACAAAUAUUCCUCCGCCAUCAUUGCAAGCUCAGUCUUAUAAUACCUGGGAACAAACUUCUCCUUCUCGACAAAUACUUGAUCGCUUUGCUGCAGAGGAAAACUCAACGGAUCAUGACACAAACAUAUCCCAUCAAAAAUCGCAGCGACCAUGAACGUCUAGUCCGAGAGUGGGGCUUCAAACAUGUCUUUACCUGGACUGAUGGAAGCAACGCUUACUACCCCCCACAUAGUCAUAGCGGCUUGACGACGCAUCUCAUCCGACGGGGCACUCUUACCAUCACAUAUCCGGACGAUAACACCAAAUUGCACAAUGGAGAAGUCAAGAAAGAGACAUUUGGAGUGGGCGCGAGAAUCGAUGUGCCCGCUGGUAAGCUACAUGAGGUGUGGAUUGGAGACGAUGGCUGCGAAUAUGUUAUCGGGGAGUAGACUUUCGAUCAGCUUUUGAUGGAUCUCUACUUGAUAUCAAGCAUUGCAUGAGACGGUGGACUUUUCUAUUGAGGUGCGUCUGAGCUAUUUUAAGCCGUUAUGGAGGGUUCAAAGUCUAUCCAAGAAGCCACAGCACUCCAACACAGGCCAGCAGGACCUCUUUCAUUCCCAGCACCUAGUACACAAAUCUAAAGUCGAGUCUGUCAAAAUGUCAGCUCAGUCGGGCAAUCGAUGCCUUGUAUUAGACAAACCUCUUAUUUCCCAGGUCCUUAUUCGCAGAAAGAUACUCCUCCCUUUCUGCACUAGACAUGGC